AAACCAAGCUUCGCCUUGCACUUCUGGUUUCUGCCUACAGCAGCCACUCUCAGGCUCCGGCGACGCCAUGGCCACAUCGACGGUCCUCCGGAUCCCUCUGCUAGCUGCGACCGUCGUCGUCGUCGCAUGCGCCAUGCUGCAUGGCGGCGUACGCGCGCAAGCCCCGGCGCCGACCCCGUCCGGACUUGACUGCACGCAGUCGUACUUAAACCUGUCGAGCUGCUUAUCGUACGUGAUGACCGGCAGCAACGAUACGGUACCUGACAAGGACUGCUGCCCCGAGCUCGCCGGCCUCUUCGACUCGCAGCCCAUCUGUCUGUGCGAGCUCCUCUCCGGCGGCGCCGAGAGCUUCGGCAUCUCCAUCGACAACAACCGGGCCCUCAAGCUUCCCUCCAUCUGCCACAUCGACUCUUUGCCGGUGAGCCUGUGCGCAGCAAUAGGAUAUCCAGUUACAGGUAGUCCGAUGGGCAGUCCAAUGUCUCCUUCAUCAGCUCCAUCAGGCAUUGGCCCGCGGUUGCCCGGGACACCGGCCGCGCCGCCCCCGCAGAACCGCGCCGCCGGAGCCGGAGCAGUGGGUCGUCUCGCACUCGCCGGUCUCUCCUGCGCCAUCGCCGUCGUCGGAUUCUUCUAGGAUUCACCAAUCGAUUCGUGUGGUCUACCCAUUCCAGUUUCUUUAUUUUCAUGCGCUGAGAAGUGUAUUACGUUGCCAGAAUUCAAUUUGCGUUGUUUGUGUAUCCAUUCCAAGUUUCCAAGUAUGAACAGACGAUUGAUGUUCUUCCAUUCUA